AUGAGGACGGCAGUAUGGACGGAUAGGAGCUCUGCACGGGACUAUGCUUGCUUGGCUAUUCUUUUCUUUAUUAAUUUGCUCAAUUACAUGGAUCGGUUUACCGUUGCGGGUGUUUUAACGCAAAUUCAAUCGUAUUUUUCAAUCGAUGACUCCCAGGCAGGUUUGCUUCAAACUGUAUUUAUUGUAUUUUACAUGGUAUUCGCACCGCUCUGUGGCUUUCUUGGUGACCGAUAUAACCGAAAAUGGAUCAUGACUGUGGGAAUUGCAGUAUGGAUUAUCGCUGUACUUGCUUCGUCAUUUGUGCCUGCUAAUCACAAUUACAAAGCGGUAUUCCGUGAGUACGGCAUCGUGAGUCCAAAGUCCCUGCUGAGCGGUUUAACGCUCUUCACUUUGGACUUAUUCAUAGUGUAG